AUGCCAACCUCAGAAUAUUCUUUGAAAACAAAUUAUCCCAAUAACACUAACGAUGGUGAUGAUGAUGAUCACCAUCGUCCCAUCAUCCCACUUGACUUCAAAUCCGUCUCCAAGUUACCCGACUCCCACACUUGGGUGCUCACCCAUCCCAACCCACUCUCAAACUCCGAGUCCAUACCUGUAAUCGAUCUUUCCGACCCGAAUGCCAUCUCUCUCAUGCGAGAUGCCUGUGAAAAAUGGGGUAUUUUUCAUGUCACCCAUCACGGCUUUCCCUCUCAACUACUUUAUGACGUUGAGCUCCAGUGCCGUCGAUUGUUUUCUCUGCCGGCAGAUCAGAAACUCCGGGCCAUUCGAUCACUCAAUAGCCUUUCAGGCUACGGGUUGUCUCGAAUGUCGACCUUCUUUCCUAAGCGAAUGUGGUCCGAGGGGUUCACCGUCGUUGAGUCGCCGCUGGAACAUGCCCAUCAACUCUGGCCGCACGAUCGUCAGCAACGCGAUUACUUCUGCAACGUGAUGGAAUCGUGCCAAAAGGAGAUGAGCAGACUCGCUGAGCAUAUGAUGGGCCUGAUGUUUCGGUCUUUGGGCCUAAGUCAACAAGAUUCAAAAUAUGCUAAGCCCAAAUAUGGCUACAAAACCUCUCAUGGCCCACUUCAGUUAAAUUCAUACCCAGUCUGUCCGGACCCAACCAAAGCUAUGGGCUUGGCUGCUCACACGGACUCCUCAUUGCUUACUCUACUAUGCCAAACCAGUAGUGCUAAGGGUCUCCAAGUCCACAAGGAGGGGAUCGGGUGGGUACCGGUGCAUGCAGUUUACGGUGCACUCGUUGUCAAUGUAGGAGACUUGAUGCAAAUUUUGUCUAAUGGACGUUUCAAGAGUGUGUUACAUCGCGCGGUUGUGAACAAGACACAUCAUCGGUUGUCGGUAGCAUAUUUCUAUGGCCCACCGAAAGAUGUGAAGAUUGAGCCAUUGAUUCAACUCACUGAUAUUAAUCAUCCUCCUUUGUACCGUCCAAUCACAUGGAAAGAAUAUCUUCAUAUUAAGGCCAAUCAUUUUCACAAGGCACUUGAGUUUAUCAGGAGGGCUCAAUAACCUAAACUUUGCCCCAUGAACUACUUUCAGUCACAUUCCCUUUUGAGUGUAAUAAAUCCAAAUCAAUUUUCAGUUUUUUCUUUUGAGGUAUUUCAGGUUUUUUUAAAUGAUUAAUUGUUUGUAUUGCAUUGCAUUCGAGUUUAAUAUUUAUAUUUUUUGAAAUAUAUCCACUGUUAUUUCUUAAAUGUAUAUUUAGAGUGAUAUUAUUCUAUUA